GCGGAAGCGGCGAGUCUCCAUGGCGGCGGCGGUGGCCCGGCCGGUGUUCUGGAGGCGGCUGCUGGGCCUCCUGCCUGGCCGGCCCGGGCUGGCCGCGCUCCUGGGGCGCCUGUCCGACCGCCUCGGCAGGAACCGGGACCGCCGGCGCAGGAGGUCGCCAUGGCUGCUGUUGGCCCCUCUGCUGUCCCCGGCCGUCCCCCAGGCCGGCCCCCCGCCUUGCUGCCUGUGCCCCGAGGGCGUGCACAGGUUCCAGUGGAUCCGGAACCUGGUGCCGGAGUUCGGGGUCUCCAGCUCCCACGUGCGGGUGCUCUCCUCCCCCGCCGAGUUCUUCGAGCUCAUGAAGGGGCAGAUCAAAGCGGCCAGGAGACGGGUGGUGAUGGCGUCCCUCUACCUGGGCACAGGCCCUUUGGAGCAGGAGCUGGUGGACUGCCUGGAGAUCGCCCUGGAGAGGUCGCUGCGAGCCGAGUCCCCCUCGGACCUCCGGGUGUCCGUGCUCCUGGACUUCACACGGGGCUCUAGAGGCCGGAAGAACUCGCGCACGAUGCUGCUGCCGCUCCUGCAGCGGUUCCCGGAGCAGGUCCGAGUCUCCCUCUUCCACACGCCGAGCCUCCGCGGCCUCCUGCGGCUGCUGGUCCCCGAGCGCUUCAACGAGACCAUCGGCCUGCAGCACAUUAAGGUGUACCUCUUCGACAGCAGCGUCAUCCUGAGCGGCGCCAACCUGAGCGACUCCUACUUCACCAACCGCCAGGACCGCUACGUGUUCCUGCGGGACUGCCCCGAGGUCGCGGACUUCUUCGCAGAGCUGGUGGAGGCCGUGGGGGACGUGUCCCUGCAGCUGCAGGCGGACGACACGGUGCAGGUGGUGGAGGGCAUGGUGCACCCUUACAAAGGCGACCGGGCGGCGUACUGCAAGGCGGCGAACGCCAGGGUCAUGGGUGUGAUCGAGGCGGCGCGGACCCGCCAGCAGAGGCUGCACGCGCAGACCUUCCACGGCGACGCCCUGGUGCUGCGAGAGGACGCCGCGGCCGCGGGGGACCGCAGGCCCGCGCCCGACACCUGGAUCUACCCGCUGAUCCAGAUGAAGCCCUUCGAGAUCCGCAUCGACGAGGCCGUCACCGAGACGCUGCUGACGGAGGCCGAGCGGGGCGCCAGGGUCUUCCUCACCACCGGCUACUUCAACCUGACGCAGGCCUACAUGGACCUGGUCCUGGGCACGCGGGCCGAGUACCAGAUCCUGCUGGCCUCCCCGGAGGUGAACGGCUUCUUCGGGGCCAAGGGCGUGGCGGGCGCCAUCCCCGCGGCCUACGUGCACAUCGAACGGCAGUUCUUCCGGGCCGUGUGCACCCGCGGGCAGCAGGAGCGCGUGCGGCUGCAGGAGUACCGGCGGCGGGGCUGGACCUUCCACGCCAAAGGCCUCUGGCUGUACCUGGCAGGGAGCAGCCUGCCCUGUCUCACGCUGAUUGGCUCUCCUAAUUUUGGGUACAGGUCAGUGCACCGGGACCUGGAGGCCCAGAUCGCCAUCGUGACGGAGAGCCAGGCCCUGCAGCAGCAGCUUCACCAGGAGCAGGAGCAGCUGUACCGGAGGUCGGGCGUGGUGUCCCCCGCCACCUUCGAGCAGCCGGGUCGGCGGGUGCAGCUGUGGGUGAAGAUGGUGACUCCACUGAUCAAGAACUUCUUCUGAGGACCACAGGGAUGGCCUUGACGAAGAUGACGGGCACGGCUGGCGUCAGCUCCUUCAGCCGCGCCUCGGCGAUGACUCCGGUCUGGGUGUCCCAGCGCGCCCCUGCGGGACCGUGCAGGCGGUGAGCCCGGGGAAGGGCCC